AUGGGCUGUGGUGGCAUCUAUGGACAUGAUCCAUCAGAUCCUAGCCGAACUAUCAUACCUCCUCGUAGAGUUAAUGCUAGGAAUGUGAACACCAGGAAUGCAAAUGCAACUCCUCCAGUCCCUAAUCAGGAAGUCUCUAAUGCUGAGUUCAAAAAUGUCAUACAGAUGUUUGCUCAGAGUAUGAUUUACCAGAACAAUUGGGUUCAUGCUAAUGUGAAUAAAAAUGGUGGAUCAGUGGCAUCAAGGGUCCGUGACUUUGUUAGGAUGAAUCCUCCAAACUUUUUAGGAUCGCAAGCCAAUGAAGAUCCUGAGAAUUUCUUGGAUGGAUCAACAAGAUCUUUGAGAAAUGCGAUGUCACUUGGAGAUAUGAACAUCUCUAGUUUUAUGACUCAUGCUCAUCAGGUUGAGGGUAAUAAGUUUAGGGAACAUGCUAAGGAAAUCAAGAAGGCUAGGAAUCGAAACUAUGACUAUUCUCAGCAGAAAUCGGGUAAUGGAAAUUGCUCGUCGGGUCAAGAGAAAUUUUCGGCUCCAGCCUCUUCAUCAGCUAGUUCUGGUCACAGGCUGAGGAAUUGUCCUUCUAGACAAGGUCAAAGAGGUGGCAAUGGUAGAGCUCAAUCUACAACUUCAACAACAACAGCAAGUCGCCCAACUUAG